CCCCCCCCCCCGCGACCGAUUCAUCUACUUGCUACAGCAACGGCACCGCUGACCACCGACAAAAAUCCUCCCCGCAACCAAGUCCUACGCGCCGUCUGCUCGCUGCCCCUUCGACUCCUGCCCGAAGACGCUUCUGUUAUACCCGGCCGUAGGCCUGCCUGACACCGUUGCACACCCGCACGCUGCCGUCGCCGCGACCACUGCGCUGACCAUCCGCUCACACCUUCUCUUCAUACACGCGCAUUCAUCGGGAAAGAGGACAGCAGACAGACUGGAAACCCGCGCAAGCUCUCUUUCUUUCUUCCUUUCUUCCUUCUGCCUCUGAAGUUUGCACCAGCUCUCCCCCCUUACUUCGUCACACGCACGCUCUUUCUGCCCCUCUCUUUGUGUCUGUCUGCCUGUGUGUGACUGUGUGUGCGCGCGUUCGUCCGUCCGUGUCUGCAGGGAGGACAUCCAGCUUCCGGACCUGCGCCGGCAACCAGCGCGCCGCAACCACUGAUCCAAACGUGCCUACAACCGCUCUCACUGCGCGGACAUCCACGGCCAAAUCAGUUACUUCGUAACCAUGGUCAAGUUUCGCAUGUCUAUGAAGGGUGAAAGGGGGGAUGCAAAACCACAUCACAUAUCAAUACCGCAGAAAGAUGCCAUUGCCAUCGUGCCUCCAAAGAAGGUCAUCAAAGCCAUCGCGGAUCUACCACCAGAGAAGGCGUUCGGGCCUGGCUACCUCACAUUCUCUGCCGGCGACUUCCUCCACGUCGUCGGGCGCGAGAACGAUACGGAGUGGUACGAGGCAUGCAAUCCGCUGCAAGGCGCGCGCGGUCUUGUUCCUGUAAAAUUCUUUGAGACGGUAGGCAAGCAGGCACGUAAUAGCGCUGGUUCGACGGGGAGCGGCGGGUACGCACCCGUCCAAGGCAGCGCUCCUCACGACUCAGGCUACGCAACCGGCAACGGCACCGGUGUCGGUGGCGCGCAGAGGAUGUCGGCCGGCAGCUCGCAGCGCCCUCAACAAGGGGCUGGCAGAGGUGCUUCUGUGUAUGGCAUCGUCAUGUACGACUUCAAGGCCGAGCGGCCGGACGAGCUUGAGGCCAAGGAGGGCGAGGCCAUCAUCGUCAUCGCCCAGUCUAAUCCCGAGUGGUUUGUCGCGAAACCCAUCACGCGCCUAGGUGGACCGGGCUUGAUUCCCGUCUCCUUCAUCGAAAUCCGCGACAUGGCCACGGGACUGCCCGCCGCGGACCCCCUCGAGGCCGUCAGGAGGGCUGGUGUGCCCAAGGUCGAGGAGUGGAAGAAGAUGGCCGCUGAAUAUAAGGAACGAAGCAUCCCGCUUGGCCAGUUCUCGGCUGGCGACCUCAGCGGUGGCCAGCAGGCUCUACAGCAGGGCAUGGCGCGGAUGAGCCUGAACAACCAAUCGCAGAAUCCCUACGGACAGCUCCAACAAGGAAAUCCCUACCAACAGCGAGGCUACCCGAAUGGCCAGAACGGAGCUCGCCAGCCGCAGCCCGUCAUGCUCGCGCCCGUCAAAGCCUCCGUUCCACGCUAUUGCUUUGCUGACGACACCUUUUGGUUCAUCGUUGAAUGCCAGAUGGAGGAUGGCAGACACUGGGAGCUGCAGCGUCUGUAUCAAGACUUCUACGACCUGCAGAUCAAUCUGAUUCAGGAACACCCGCUGGAGGCUGGAAACGUCAAGGGCCACGAACGCACCUUACCGUACAUGCCGGGCCCGGUCACUUACGUCACGGACAACAUCUCGAACGGCAGACGGGCCAACCUGGACGAGUACAUUCGCAACUUGCUCAAACUAGGACCUCACAUCACGCGGAGCAACCUGGUCCGCGUCUUUUUUGCGCCACGCGAGGGCGACUACGAGAUUGACCCUAAUGUGGCCACGGACGACUACAGACUUAGCUCGGCCUCGCAAGAUUCACCCGCAAACCCAUCCAACGCGGCGAGUCCGCAGAGCUCGGCCGGAAACCUCUCGCAGCAAGGCUACAGCGCUGCCGUCUCCGGACGUCCGGGGACCGCGACGGGACAUAACCCGCAAGGCCAGUUCCAACACUCGCGCACUCCGUCACAAGCCACGACGACAACCAAUCGCGCGCCCGGCGCCCCGCUCAAGAUCAAGGUAUGGUUUGAGCCAGACAACUGUGUUGUCAUCCGCAUGCCGGCACAGUUCUCGUACAAGGACCUGUAUCGCAAGUUGAAGGAGCGAAGAGCGCUCGAGCGCAUCGACGGCGAGGAAGAUGACGCGGAGCUUGAGGUAUGCUACCGAGACGAGGCCGAAGGCAGACUAUACCCAAUCAGGGGAGACGAAGACCUUCGCGUCGGUAUGGAGCGAAAUCCGGAGAGGUUCACGCUCAGCGUGAGGGCGCAGAGUUGAGGAGCCUAUUAAACCACCGCCUUUCACCUUGCUUUCAUUGAUUGCGCAACCCGAAUUCGCACCCAUAGGCACCCACGUGCCAUUACUUUUUCUUCUACGGCCUUUGCCUGUCCCUUUUUUUUUGGUCAAUCUUCUAAAACGUUCGGCUCACUUUUUUUUUUCAUUCUUCUGCACGGGGGUUGUACGGCGCGUCGGCGUUUGCGAGGUGAAGGGAUAGGUGAUUUCUCGGAAAAAUAAGAGGGGGGGCCAACAGGCGACGGACGAAUCUGGGAGCUAUGCAUUUUCUUGCGAAAUGGGACGAAAUGGAUUGCUUUGACGACGAUAGUACCACGCUUACCGCAACUGGACAGAUAUACACUUAUGCAUGUAUGAAGAGGGAAGCAAUUUCCCCUUCCGGUAUCUUUUCUUUUUUUUUUUCUUUUACUUUUUGCGAUGAUGGAAUGGAAUGCGAAUGUGUCUUGGGGACAGAACAGAUGCUUUGGAGUAUACCUCUUUGAUCAUAGCUUUUUGAUAGCAUCAUCCCUAUCAUUCUUUUUUUUUCACUCGAUUCAAGACUGAGUCCUAUGCUUCAUGAA